CACGUUAUAGAUUUUGGAGAGAAGCAGCUUACAUUGUACAGUUAUAAGCAAAUUCUAUCGGCGGGUUAUUGACAACCAACCUCCCCGCAAAGGUCAUGACACCCAUACUGCAGACUAAAACGCCACUGCACUUUCUUAACCCCGAUAAAGAUGCAUUAGUCGCUGAUUUUGUGGGAAAACCACUCAAUGCUCUGAGAACACCUGCUUUCAUCGUGGACCGCGCGGUGUUCGCAGAGAACUGCAGGAAGAUGCACGAGAAUGCCAGAACCUGGGGAGCAACUUUUAGAGCACACUUGAAGACACACAAGACAGUCGAAGGAACGAAAUUGCAGCUAGUUUCGGAUACCGGCAGAGCUUCCGCGGUCGCUGUAUCGACACUCAUGGAAGCUUGGGGAGUCGUGCAAGGUGUCAAAGAUAUUCUGUACGGCCUUCCAAUUGGAUUGAACAAGUUGGAUGAUCUGUCUGCUCUACAUGCUGAGAUGACAAAAUACGGAGGAACCGUUCGUAUUCUCUUAGAUCAUUUAGAUCAAGUGAAAUUUCUGGAGGAAUACGAGGGGAAACAAGAGCACCCGAAGAAAUGGUCUGCGUUUAUCAAGAUGAAUGGCGGUCUAAAGCGAGCCGGGAUACUUCCAGAGCCCGUAUCUUUCAAGGCAUUCAUGCGGAGGGUGUUUGCAUCUUCAGCAAUUUCGGUGUUUGGAUUUUACACCCACGCCGGAUACUCGUAUGGAUCGACAUCAGCGGAGGAAGCUACCUCGUAUUUGACAGGAGAAGCAGAGUCAGAUAACAGAGAAGUCAACAAUCAGCCAUUCGUUCUGUCCGUGGGAUCCACUCCGACUGCUCUUAGCGCAACCGCGGAAGCAAAGCUGAAGAUGACAUCCAUACUCAAUGGAACACUGGAGCUUCAUACAGGAAAUUAUCCCAUGCUCGAUCUCCAGCAGUUACACACAACCUUGAUCGAUCGUCCACAGAUCUCCCAGAAGGUCUUGGUCACCGUCAUUUCAUACUACCCCGGAAGAGGAAGUGAUGGGCAAGACGAGGCCAUGUGCGAUGCUGGUGCCAUAGCUAUGAGCAAAGAUACUGGUCGUAUUCCAGGCUUCGGGGAGGUCGUUGGCAAGUCAUGGAAGUUGGGAAGAAUUUCACAGGAGCAUGGUAUAUUGGUGCAAGUUCCCCCAGAGUCAGGUCGCACAGAUCCUACGUUGAAGAUCGGAGAUACGAUCGAGAUUGUUGGGCAGCACGCUUGUUUGAUAGCUGCCGCUCACUCGUGGUACUACAUCAUCGAUUCGGAUGAAGGAGGUGACAAAGUAGUUGACAUCUGGGUCCCAUGGAAGGGCUGGUAGCUCCAGGACCCAAAAAGGGUACUGGUCCAGCGAUUUCUUAUAUCCACAGAACCGUUCCGUACAUGAUGUGUGACUGUAGCGUGCGUGGAUUGUCCACAGACAACUAGGCAUAGCAAAUACCAUUGGGAGGUGGAAAAGGACCAAACAUUAGAGAGCACAACUGUCACAAAAAUGAUUUACCUCUCGUCUUAUGAUCGCUCGGAGGUCGUGAAUGUGCAGGAGUCAGCGAAGCAAAGGCCGAUUCCUUCCUUUUCCAUUGCUGCUUGAAAUUAUAUGUAUGGCCAUGUAGCCGAAGACGACACAGUGGAAGACAUUGGUGAGAGGUAAAUUAUGUAGCAGCCAUGAAACCACUGUGAUGUGAAUUAGAGAAAGAAAUAACGGAUCCCG